ACAAGAAGCACAUGAUUAUCCGUGUUUACCUGCAGUGUAAUGCCACGACAUUACUACGUAGACUGCUGGUUUGGGCGUUUACGGUUUAAACGGUUACACUACUGAGUGUGAAAGAAGCUACAUAAUCACUUAUUGCACUCACUGGAUGUGUGUCAAGCCACGGAUACAGCACUGCUGUACGCUUUGCAUUGAGCAUCAGACUCGUUGUGCUAGCUAGUGUUAGCUGGUUAGCUGGCUGGCUAACAAGGCAGUUGGAAAUAAGCGGAUUAGUGAGGUCUGUUUAGAAGAAUCCCGGAUGCGUUCCUGAAAUAUUCAGGCUGCCUCGCCAUGGGCGUCAUCGAGGAGACCGAGGUGGAGCAGGUGACCCUGGCCCUGCUGGAUGCAGCCAAUGACAAGGAUCCUGGUGUGCAGGAGCAGGUUCGGAAGUCUAUCCUGACACUGGGAAACCAUCAGCCUGAUAAAGUGCUCUCCAUGUGUCAGGACUACCUGGUUAAACACUCCAAGCUGGUGUCUGGACACAGAGUGGUGGUUCUGCAGACCAUAGAGCUGGUGGUGAAAAGCAAAAUCGAUGACAUCAGUUCCCCUAAAAUAAAGAGCAUCAUAACACUAGCCUCUGAUGAGAUGACCAGAUCCAAGGAAAUCAUCCCUGACUGGCAACAGACAGCCAGUAAUAUUUUGGUUGCAGUAGGGAACAAGUAUAUCAACGACUUCAUGGAGGAGAUCCUAAGCAAGUUCCAGCCGGGGGUUCUUCCUCACUUCUACGUGGUGGAAACUUUAGCCAGUCUCUCAGACUCCAAUGUCUAUGGAAUGGUGCCGUUCCUCAAUGCUAUUCUGGGGACCAUGUUGCCUAUGUUGAGCAUGGCCAAGCAGGACAACAUGAAGUUGGUCUUUUCCUCUGCUCUUUCCCACUUUAGCGAGAGCAUUCUGGAGUACCUGGCCAACUUGGACAAAGCGCCCGACCCCACUGUGCGCAGGGACACCUUCUCUGGCGAAAUCUACACCGCCUACGACGUCCUCUUCAGCAGCUGGCUGCAGAGCAGAGAUCCCAAGUUGCGUCUGACUGUAGCUGAAGCUCUGGGGGCGAUGAGUCACCUGAUUGCUCAGGAUAAACUGGAGGAGCAGCUUCCCAGGCUCCUGCCUGCUCUCCUCAGCCUGUACAAGAAAAACCCGGAGAACUACAUCAUCAGCAAGAGCCUUUGUCAGGUCCUGGAUGCCGCCGUGAACAUGGGCAGCAGGGUCCUCGAGACUCAGAUAGACGGCCUUCUCACCGCUCUGCACCAGCAGGUGUGUUCCCCUGUGGACUAUGACAAACCCCCAACUGUAAAAAAUCACAAUGAAGUACUUAGGUGCUUCACCAUCAUUGCCAACGCGUUCCCAGACCGCCUAAUGGUCUUUGUCCUGCAGAGGCUGGAGAACAGUAAUGAGAGAAGCAGAAUAGGAUCCCUGACUGUCCUCAGACACCUCAUCAACUCAACAAGUUCUAUAAUGGAAACCAAGAAGCUUCUUGUUCUUGCCAGUAUCAAACAACCUCUUGCAGACCACAGCAAUAAGGUGAAGCAGAGGGUGGUGCAGGUGAUCAGUGCCAUGGCUCACCACGGCUAUCUGGAGCUGGAAGGCGGCGAGGUGCUCGUGCGCUUCAUCAUCCAGCACUGCUCCCUGCCUGACAGCCAGCACCGGGGCCAGCGUCCUGCGGACCCAGAGGAGGUGACCAACGAGGCACUGAGGAGCAUGUGUGACAACACCCUCCACCUCUUCGCUACCACCGUGGGCCGUCUCACCGACGUGCUGUGGCCCAUGCUCCUGGGCUUUCUGACCCCGGCGCAGUACUCCAACGCCACCGCUCCGCUCUGCAAGAGCCUCAUCCUGCUGGCCAGCAAAAAGCGGGCCGCCCAGGAGCCCGGUUUCAUCAUCGACCUGAGCAUGCCAGGUUCCAGUCUUCCCUCACAGUAUACACUUAUGAUAAGGCUCUUGGUGAACGCCUGCUUCCCGUUCCGGUGUCGAGGCCAUGGUGCCCCGUCUCUGAGUCUUCUGAAUGCCAUCAGUCCCAGCAUCCACCCUAAAGUGCAGGCCCUGUGGGAGACAGAGGUCCCUCAUCUCCUCACCUGUCUGGAAGAAUUCACACCAGAAACCUUGGAUAAAAGGAAAUGGGAAGAAGGCCUCUUUCAGUUCCUGUCUAAAACUUUGGCAACCAUCAACGAUAGCCAGUGGUGUGGACAACUGGCAGUCGAGGCGACCCGGUACCUCCCUACCUACGGCAGCUGUCUGGAGGAGAAGAGCUUCCUGUAUAAGUGCAUUGGUGUGACACUCCAGCAGUGCACCAAUAAGGAACUCGUGAGAAAACAGCUGCAGGAGAUCCUGAUCAGCGCUCGCCAUAACGACGCCACUGAGAGAGCGGGAGUAGCUAUGGGUGUCGGGCUGUGUGCCAGGAGUCAUCUGGAUGACACUCUGGCCAAGCUGGAGGAGUUUGGGAAAUCCGAUGCGUUCAAGAAGGCCUCGGGGAUCUUCGGCCUCCUCAAAGAUAAGAACGACGUGGAUGUGGAGAAGAUGAAGAGCACAAUGAUCCUGUGCUACGGCCACGUGGCGCUGCACGCCCCCGAAGAGCAGCUGCUGCUCCGCCUCGACACCCACAUCCUUCGUAGCAUCAACAAGCACUUCAACACCAAGGUUCUGGGAAUUAAAGUAGAGACCAAGGACUUGACCAUGAAGCUGAGUCUAAUUCAAAGCGUUGGUCUUAUCGCUAAAGCCAUUCGUGGUUGUGUUUGCAAACAAGGCUACCUGUUCAGCCGUAAACAGGAGCUCGUGGGUAUAAUGAUGGAUUUCAUGAAGGCGGAGCCUGCCGAAGCGGUCCGCUCUCCUGUGCGCCACCUCGUUAUGACUACAUGUGCCAACCUCGUUAAUCUGGACCCACCACUGAUGGAAAAUGAACAGUUUGACAUGUUGAAAACGUCUAUAAAUGGGAUGUAUGUCCUUCCAGCGUUAGAAAUGGCGAAAAAAGCCAAAGAUGAUGAUGGUCUGGACCCACUGCAAAGAGAGGCCUUAUAUGCAGAUACUUUCUGGGCCCUUCAUGAGCUGCUGCGAAGCGUGCUGGCCAGAGACUUGAGUCCUGAUGGCCUUCACGCCAUCUUCACGCAUAUCGAGAGCUGGCUGAGCUCCAGGCAGGACCACGAGCGCGAGAGAGCGAUGAGGACCGUGGCUGAGCUGCUGCAGUUCUACCUGGGCAGCCUCAACGUCAAGAACUUGGUGACAUUCCAUAACCUCGGGGCACUGUUGGGUCGCCUGGCUCCACGCUGCACGGACCCCAGCCCCGCUGUGCGCACGGCCGCCGUGGACUGCAUCUACACACUCUUGCAUAUUCAGCUGCGCUACGAAGGUUUCGCCUCGGAUUACAGAGACGACUCGGUCGAGACUUUGUUAACAAUGCGUGAGAAACUGAGCGACCCUGACCCGUCGGUCCUCUACAAAACCUGCUCUGACCUCACUAAGAUCAUCAGUAAGCGUCUGCCACACCAGCAGUUGAACACCCUCAUCUUCAUGCUGUUUGAAGGGCUGGUGGACUCCCAGUCCAACUGCUCCAGAGCGUCUAGUGUCAUCCUCAACACGCUGCUCAGAAACCGAGGCGCUGGCCUGCAGGACCUGGUGCCAGAGAUGUUGGAGGCGUUGCACGUUCGUCUACAGGUUAUCAGUGAGGAGCAGGUGAAGGUGGCAGUUGCUCAGUCCAUCCUCAUCCUGGCCUCCCAGCACCUGCAGACUGUCAUCAACACCCUCCUCUCCCACCCGCUCCCAUGGGACAGCUGGAGCUGUGAGAUGUGGAUAGCUUUGGGGGCAGACAGUGCCGUUGCUCGUCAGAUCAUGGAGAUGAUCAUGGAGAAGUUGAAUAUCAUGGUGCCAUUUGAAGAUAAGAAACAGUCCAUGCUGAGGCCAGGCAUGACCAAGGUGGCCACCAGCCAGCCUCUAGCGAUGACGUGUGCUCUGCGGGAGCUGAUGCUGAACGGGCAGGCCGAGGAGGCGACGGUGACGCUCUUCCCGCGCCUCUUCAGCGCCUUGCUCGUGCGAGUGGGCUCCAGCGUGGCCGUGCAGCUCCCAAAAGACAUCAGCAGCAACGGCAUCGGAAACGAGCGCAGAGCCUCCGGCAAAGCCGUCCCCGCCAACUUCGAUGUCUGUGGCGUGGCGGUUGAGGCCCUGCGCAUCCUGCUGGCUCGAGCUCACCUGGACGCGGUAGUGAAGGCACUGGACGAGGACGCAGCAUGGGACAAGAUGAAGGGGUCACAGCAGCACACCGCAGGGGUCACCAGGCUCUCCAGAGCUAUGGCGAAGCAUGCAGGUCCUCGUCUUCCAGCUAUACUGGAAAGCCUGUGCCCCUCGUUCAACAAUAUCUAUGAGUGCCAGAGAAUAACAGUCACAGCUUUCUGCUCCGAGCUGCUGAAUCACCACGUGGUUACGGAGCUGAUGAUGAUCGACAUGUUGAUGAACAGUAUGAUGGAGAGGAUUUCGGACCCCUGCUCCACUGUCCGCAUGUUGGCCGUCAGAGGCCUGGGGAAUGUUGCCGUAGGCUCACCGGAAAAGGUGAACAAGUACGCCAAAGAGCUGCUGGCGGCCAUGAGCUCAGGCAUGGAGGAGAAGGACGAUCCGGGCAAGCUCAUCACCCUGGAGGCCAUGUCCGGCCUGUCCAAGGUGCUGCUCUACCUGGACCAGCAGAACAUGCACCUGCUGGUCGUCUACAUCUUCAUGAAGAUCAAACCCUUCUUGGAGAACGAGAACGAUAAGCUCCGCUGUGCAUCCAUCAUGCUCCUGGGGAACCUGUCCAGGUUCGGGUCAGGGGAGGCCGUCUUCAAAGACCAGAUCCACAACGUGUUGGUCAGUCUGCUUAUGCACCUCAACGACCCCAACGCGCAAGUCGUCAAGGCUUGUAAGUAUACCAUGCGCGUGUGCGCUCCAGUUGUGGGGUCCGAACAGAUCACUGCCAUGUUUCACAACCACCUGCAUGAGGAGAAGGGUCUGCACUAUGGCGAGUUCAUCAAUGACCUCAUCAAAUACAUAAUCCAAGACUUCCCUGGCAUGCUCAACUUCUACCACGUCACGGUCGUCCAGUUCUUCAAAAGCAAUUGGUCCGAGAUCCGUGCCAGUGCUGCUAUGUUCAUAGGGUUUCUGGUAGGAAACCUGCCUGAGGAGUACUUCUCCCAUAUGAACAUGGCAACAGUGACUAAGGGCCUCGUGAUGCUGCUACAGGAUCCAGAGCCGCUGGUACGGGCGAAGGCUGCGGAGGCCAUGGGCCAGUUCCACUGAGCAGCGUUCGGCAGUGGGUGUCGGCUUUGGAGAUGGGUGAAAGCCUUGAUCGUGGUCUACCUGAGUGAGCCUCUUUAGUGACCAAAGACUGUGCACUUGUUCUUUAAUAAGAAAAGACAACAAGCUCUGUAAUGACAGUUCAGAACACUGGAGCUUUUUGGGAGGUGUUUGUAAUUUUCUAUGUAAUCCCUGUUCAUGUUGAGUAGUUUGUAGUACGUAAUGGACAGUAUAGAUUGUAACGGUACCAGAAACCCUUUAAAUCAUAGACUCAUAGCGAUUCGAUUUCCAAGAAUCACACUUUGUUUUGGGGACUUUAUUUCAGUCCUUUGUGGAUCAUUGUGUAUAAGCGGAUUGGACUCUGGACUCAGCAGAAUUCAGCCACAGACCAUCACGGCAAGGUCUCAUCACCUGCUCAGCAGGCCUAAUAGAUUUUCUAGACAAAGGUUUCAUAGCCAUUUGGUACUAGUUACUUUAGAAGGCGUCACGCUUUCACUGGGACGUAGCAGUAAGUAGAGAGCAGGUGCAGCAGACGCGUCCCUGUAGGAGGAGUGGAGCAGCACUCACUGGGGUUUUGUAGCAUGACGUCAUUGAGGUGACCAACCGUGACCUACUGAGGGGUCUGUCUGUCUGUCUGUGUGUGUGUGUGUGUGUGUGUGUGUGUGUGUGUGUGUGUGUGUGUGUGUGUGUGUGUGUGUGUGGUCCUGGGUGAAACCUAUGGACAUGGUUGCGUUUGGCAUAAGAAUGCCACAGCGGUGCCUACUUCCUAGAUUUGUGCAAGGUAAACUGUUGUAAACAGGCAGCAAAGAUGUUUUGUACUCAUUUGUAAUGCACUUGUGAGCCUUGUUCCACACUGUUAGGACUUUGUGAACCACACGGUGGAGUAAGGUCAGGUGUGCAUGGGGACGUAGAGGAGCUUUAAAAUCAAUCUGGCUUAACCACACUCACUAGGCAUCUCUGGGUCACGGUGGAUCUGUUCAGUUCUUUGACACAAAAAGCAGCAUAGACAGGUGAAACUGAUCCUAGGUCAUAUUAAACAAUACAAUCCAUAAUGCAAUCCUUAAUAAGCCUGUGUUGCAAUCCACUGCGGUGUGCAGUACACUAUGUGAUCAGUUCAGUACCCUAAUUCUGAUCAUGAUUCUUUUUUUGUGGGGCCGGGGAUAUGUUCUUAAUCCAGGCAAGGGUUCAUUAAAACUGAAAAUGUGAGGGGUUAAAGGUGAAGCUAAAGUUGUGUAGUCAGACGAUAACUCCAGCCUCCGUAUUGACGGUGGGCGGGGCUUUUCACACCGGCUUCUGUCUUCUGGAAGGCUCCCAGGAGUCCAGUUUAGUGGGGCUGCUCAUGGCGCUCACGUCUAAUGGACCUGCUUUGGAAAUUCACAUGUUCAUGUCCUUUUUUUUCCCCCUUUUACUGUACUUUUUUUUCUUUUCUUUUGGAGAAACUCUUAUUCUAGGAUGAUCAUAUAAUUAAGCGAGGAAAUUGAGCAUCAGUGGUAAAAAUCCGUUUGAAUUAAGUUCAUUAAAGUUUUUGUGGACAACAUG